UGGUGAAAUAUAAAUCUGACUGCAUGAAUAUAGAGAUUUCUUUGACUCCAGGGUAUUAAUGAAUAGUUAACUUCCGUUCAGUCACACGCAACUCACACAUAUUCGUUUGCCGCACAAAUACUCGGGCUGUUUGAUUUACGUCCGUGAACUGUUCAAACCCUGCAAAUAAUAUUGGAAACGUAAAAUAACAUGCCAGAUACGCCAGCCGUCGAAAAGGACAAGCAAAUGAAACAACUGAAGCGAUGUAUGGAGUGUUGGCGAGAGGUUAUUCUACCCUUGAAUUCAAUACUCCUCUGGGAACAGUCCUGGCAUCCAGGUCUCAUUCUUGGACUCACAACUUCUAUUUUUCUGUUGAUGUGGUUCAUGGAGCCAGCCAUACUUACAGUCAUUUCUGUAGGUCUACUAUUAAUGGCAUUGGGCGAUUAUCUGGGACCAAUACUGAUUUCCACAUUUUGCUCCACAAACAGUUGGACAGGACAGAAAGAACGUAAACUAGAUGAAAUCUGCCAAAGAUUAUCCAAUGCUAUUACUCAGUUGCAAAGUAUAUGGAAAACAGCGUUAUGGGCUCGUACUAAUCAUGCCAAUAUGUACUACGGAGUAAUAACAGCUGUACUGCUCGGACUUGCAUUGAUUGGAAACACAGUCAACAAUUUGUUCCUGAUGUAUGUCAUAGUAAACAGUCUCCUUCUUCUACCGGGCUUGAGACAUAACGGAAGGAUGCAACAACCUAUUAAACUAUUAUGCAGCUAUCUGACGCGUCCCAAGUUGUCUUAAUUAGUUCUCCUCCACAUCUGAAUAGGCAACGCUAUCCAUUUGUUGUUCACGUAACACAGAUUGAAACACUUAUUCUCCCAAUCGCAAUUUAUUUGCUUGCACCUAUUUAAGCUGACUCAUGCCACUUUAAAUACUCAUUCAAUAUUUGACUGAUACUAUAUUUAUUCUUUACAUUUUAUUGAUAAACGGCACAAGCGAUACUGUAAUACUUGAACAUGUAUUAACCAAACUAUGAACCAAUAUAAAUUAUUAUCUGACUUGUACCUAA